AAACACCAGGCAGCUGAGACUCAGUCCACCGGGAUCGUCUCUCACGUCUGUGCUGGUCCUGAUCAUGGCUCAAGUUCUCCAACAUCUGAGUCUGCUUUAUCUCCUCUCUCUGUCCACAGCCCAGUGGUGUUACCAGAGCCAGUACUCCUGUGAUGACACAUGCAGAGAUCCCCUGCACUGGGCAGCCCAGUUUCCCAGUUGUGGGGGGCUCCGUCAGUCUCCCAUCAACAUAGUGACCAGUAAAGUGCACAUGAACACCGCCCUGCCGCCCUUCGACUUCAUCGGUCACACAGAUGUCAACAACAUCACAGUGGAAAACAGAGGACACUCUGCUCACUUUCAUCUGCCACAGUCGGUCCGACUGACUGGAGGAGCGUUGCCGGGCCACUACAGGGCGGCCCAGUUCCACUUCCACUGGGGAGGGAGUGGGCGACCAGGCUCGGAGCACACCAUCGAUGGAGACAGAUUUCCCAUGGAGCUCCACAUCGUGCACAUCAAAGAGCCGUACGGCUCUCUGGCUGAGGCCGAACAUGACUUGGCAGGAAUCGCUCUGCUGGCCUUCCUGUUUGAGGAAACCACAGAUGACCAUCCUCAUCUGGACACAGUCAUUAGUGCUUUGGGUCGCGUGUCAACCAACGGCAGCAGCACGGUGAUCCAAAACUUUCGCCUCAGUGACAUCAUCCCUCCUUCCAAGGAACUGCACAACUACUACCGCUACGUGGGCUCCAUGACGACUCCGGGUUGUGAGCAGGCCGUUGCCUGGACGGUGUUUCACAGGACGCUGUCCAUAAGCAGUCGACAGCUGGACGCAGUGGUCAAACAGUGCAAGUUCUGGACUGGACAGCCCAUGACGGACAUCUUCAGACCGACGCAGCCUCUGGACGGCAGAGUUGUGUACCGCUCCAACACGGCUGCAGCUCUGAGCUCCGCCCGUCACGUGUGGCUGAGUGUUUUCCCACUGGUGCUCAUGUAUGUAUGAUUACAACUUUUUUAUUUUGUGCUAAUGAAGAAACUGUCAACUUUUGUUUUCAUGACAGAAAUGACUGCAUCCUAAAACCUACUCAUGCUAAGGUUAAUUUAAUUAAUAUGAUUGUUGUGUUGUUAACAAAGUAAAAUAAGUUUUUGAUCAUAUUGUUGUUUAAACCUCCUGACAUAGACUUUUAAC